GUAGGCAACAGUGUGCUGUCAGAAUGCCUUCCUUUUUGAUGCUUGUUUUUUAAUUCUGGCUGUUUUCUUAGUGGCACAAGCAGCAAUCACUGUGGCCUGCGGCAAAAACUCUGUCUCUGUGCGAUGGGUUGAUGCAGACCCUCAAGUGGAUCCAUCCCUGCUCCGCCUGGGUGACAACUAAUGAGAUUAUAUUUGAGGCCGAGAUCAUUUCUCCCACAUUGUCAAAAGCAACACCAAUUUAUUACCCUGUGGCCUGUGCAUAUGAAAGGCCAGAAGACUGGUCGCCUCCUUUGUAUGACCCCCUGCUGUUUCAUACACAUGGCCAUGGAGAUCUGGCCUUUCGUGUAGCGCUCAUGAAGGAUGACUUUAGUGGUGUGGCCACUACCACGACAUUCUCACUAGGCUCAACAAUCCCAAUUGCUGCCUCAGUUGCCCAGCAGAACCAUCAGCCAUUAAUACUGCUGCUGGAUGAGGGUCUGGCAUCCACAACACCAGAACUGGGUCCAGAUUCUCAUGUUUACCCACUCAUUACCAAUAAUGGGUGUCUUGUAGACAGCAAAAAUACAAACUCAAGGUUUCUGCCAAGAAAGCAAUUGUCAGAGAUCAGGCUAAGUCUUCAAGCUUUCAAGUUUGCCAUUGGAGAAGAUGUCUACCUGCACUGCAGGCUUGUGGCAUGGGACCCAAGUGACCUGGAUGGUGGCAAGAAAGCUUGUCAAUAUGACCAGAUCAGCUCACGUUGGGUGCUGAUUGAUGAUCCAUCCCAGAAUUCUCUCUGCAGCUGCUGUGACACUAACUGUCAAGGAAGAAAGAAACGAGGAAUAACAGCAGAUUCCUCAGCUUUAAAUUCUGUUAUUGGGCGUCUGGUUAUUAUUGAAAACUGAGGACUGGGUCAUACCUUGGAUUUGACAAGAUUGCCUCAAAGCCACGGGAGUUGCUUUGGACAUCCUAAGGGUUGAGCUCUACCUGUUCCUGUUCAACUGCUGCGUUUCUUGAGAGAAAUAAACCAUUAUAAAAGUGGAUGUUGUUCGUUAUUACAUAUGUUAAAUGUGUGUGUGUUUUUUUUU